AUGCAAGUGCAAGGGCCGUUUGCGUUUCCCGUGCGCGCUGCUAACGGCGGCGGCGAAGGGACUACAACAGACGAGCUGCACGUUGCCGAGCAGCAGAGGGAGGCGGCCCUGCGCGCGCUCGCGGUGCGCAACCCACCACGAUGGCUCUUUGUCGCACCUGGAGCGUCGCCAGAGUCCGAAGACGAGCUCAAGCUGCUCCUGCGUGCCGACUUUGAGCGCCACCACAUCUACUGGAAUUCGAUCCGUUGGCACAACCAUUUGCUGCACCAUGCGGUGGUGAUCUAUACGCUGGGGGCGCGGCCGGAGCGGCUGACGGAGCUGUUUGCGCAGCACGCGUCGUUCGCGCGGCCGCUGAUGGCGCCGCUGGCGCAGCCCAUCACGCGGCACAACUGGACGCGCAUGCUCGGCCUCGAGUCGUCCUACUCGAGCUUCCUGCUCUUCUUCCUCGCCGAAAUUGACGUGCGAGGCGCCGUCGCCACCAUCGAGCGCUACGUGUUUGCGCAGGACGCCAACGCGCCCGGUGUCGCCAUGCUUGCGCGCCUUUUUUCAGGCAUCCUCCAUCCCAUCAUCCACCUCGGCCACGCUCUCGAGUGCGGUGGCAACGACUCGCUUGCUCAAGCAUUGGCGGAGACGGCGGUGUCGCACGCCGACAUGGAAUCCCUCUUUCCGAGCGACGAGGUGUGUGCGAUGCUCGAGCAGCGCCCGCGCUCCUCAGUGGCGGUGGAGGAGCAUCGGCGGCAGACCGAGCAGGGCGUGGUGCCCGAGUUCGACGUGCUGGCGUCUUCGCAGCUCGACGCGCGCAAGUAUGCCGGUACGAACGCGUUCGAGACGCUGGCGCACCUCGACGCCGCGCCGCACCUCGACGACUGCGGCGACAUCAAAGCGGGCGACACGGUCAUCGCCGGCGCCCACUCGCACGGCGCCGCCAUCGCCGCCAUCGCCCGCCGCUGGCGCGUCGACAUCGAUCAAGGCUGGACCGACGUCUGCCUCAAAGCGGAGGAGCUCAUCUGGCUCAUCACCGCUAUCCUUGGCACCACGUCCAGCCCCAACGAGCGGCUCAAGAUGGACUUUUUUUUCUGCCACCUGCAGACGCCGCUGUUUACGUACGCUGUGGUGCUGCCGCUGCUGACGCCGUGGAGUCGGGUGGCGUUCCUGACGAUGCACUUCCGAACGGCAUGCUGUUCGUGGGUGUCGCGCGGCAAACCUGCGCUCCGGUUCAGCGAGCUGUGCCUCUCGGGCGAGCGUGCCGAGCUGCGCGUGCCUCCGGCAUCGUUUGAGCCGGCCUCGGUCGACUACACGCGCGUUCGCCAGGGGUGGGAGCGCGAGAUCGAGGAGCACAACCUCUGGUGGAAGAUCGGCCAGCGCGCGGCGAUGCACCUCGACGAGCACGUCGCCAAGUCGCUGCGCGUGCUCAUGUGGUGCGGCGCGCGCGUAAGCAGCCGCCGCCGCGGCGUGCCGUCGCUGCUCCUCCCGAGGGCCGAGCGUAUGCCGGACCCGAGCAGACUGCCGCACUUCACGCCGCGCGGCACGCUCGAUGCGCACGUGGAGCCCGGGUCCGAGUGGGCUCCCAGGCAGAGACGCUCCAUAGCGCCGCAGAGCGUCGCCCAGAUAGACCAUACGCUCUUUCUCCGCACUGCCCUGCUCGUCCUCGAGGCGCUCCCGAUCAUCGACGCCGAUAAGGCGAGGCGCUACAAGGAUGCGUACAAGCACGACUGGUCGCUCCUCCCCACAGGCAGGCAGGCCGCCUACCGCCUGGAUGUCUGGAAACUCCUCGCUGGCAAAGAGGCUACUCCGGCAAACCCGCCCACCGACUCCAACCUCUGCUAG